AUGCAGGUUUAUGCCAUGGAUAUCUCCCGUGACAACGAGACUCCUGGCGUCUUCAUCUACGCCACCGAUAUAUCGCCGGCAUUCCUUGCCCGUUUUGAGCACCCUGCUGCUUGCGCAGCGCCGGCCGCCGGUCCGCUCGAGAUCCGGCGUACCUGGCUUCCUUAUGACUUGAAGCUCAACCCCUUCCUCGACAGGCUGCACGCCGCUCUGGUGCCCCCCGCUGUUUGA